CUCAGCCCGCAAACCCAAAACCGCAGGACACAUUGUUUCAAUAUUCAUCUGGUUUUCCUCCUCCAAAAACCCACUGGAUCUCACAGCCCACAAGCUUCUCCCUUAGAUAUAAGCCCCCUACUCUCUACCUCAUGGACUCUCAGAGGUCUGGUUCUUGUUUGCGCCAUACAUUUUCUAUAUAGCUGCGAAUUUCUAUAUAUUCACAAGGCCAUGGGUGUUCUUUGGGCUGUGUUCCGUUGUCGAUUUCAGUUUCUUCUUCUGUUCCUUCUUUUGUCUUGUAGCUCAGCAACAGAGGUCGUCACCAUUGAUGUUCACGCAGCUAAGGAUCUCAUCAAUUCAGGCUACCGUUAUCUUGAUGUCAGGACGGUUGAAGAGUUCAAGAAAGGCCAUGCCGAUGUGGAGAACAUUCUGAACAUCCCUUACCUCUUCACCACCCCUGAGGGAAGGGUGAAAAAUCCUGAAUUCUUGGAGCAGGUUCAGUUUGCUUGUAGCAAGGAAGACCAUCUCAUCGUGGGCUGUCAAAGUGGGGUGAGAUCCCUUGCGGCCACCUCUGUUCUUGUCAGUGCUGAAACAAACAUAGGCCAACUAUGUCAUUGGGUUUUAAGGGCUCAAAAUUUCUCAUUAAUUUAAAAAGCUUAUCCACCGUAUGAGGAGGAAGCUGGCGGAGACGAGAAGAAAUGUGAUACUUGAUUGGUGGAGAACAUACAACCAAGAAUUAAUGCAUAGGCAAAGGUCUAGCUUUACAGUGAAGCAUCCAAUCACUUCUCUUCUUCUUUUGGUUUGGUGACUGUAAGUCCAGUUUCCACCCAUGCCUCAUAGCCUCCUCCCAUGUCCUUCACAUCCUUGAAACCCUGCCACCCCAAAUUUUCUAUGCAUCUCUUUUCUAGAAAGAAAAUUAUUCAAAAACAAAAAAGAAAAGAAAAGAAAGUAGAAGAUGAAGUUACAGCAUUGACAAGAACAGAGGCGGCUGCAAGGGAUCUCACCCCACCUAGACAUCCAUUCAUUGAGAAUAAAUAAACAAUUUCAGAAAAUUCAUCAAGAUUAUAUUUGUUAUGAUUCAAUCCGGAAAUCAAAUGAAAAAUUACCACGA